UCUGCGCUGCGCUGGGCGGGCGAUGGCGGCUUGUGCAGCAGCCUGGCGUGCCUGGAGCCGGACGGGGGUCGUGGGGGCCAUCCCCUUAGCCGCGGGGCGUCCCAGACAGAUCCACAGGACAUCCGUGCCGCUCACGUGGCUACGACUGAAAUCUCCCUUUGCCCCUCCUUGCCUGUGCCCCCAAAAUGACUGCCAGGCUGUCUUAUCAAGACCCGCAAUCCGAUGCCAGAGUACAGCGGCUGUGGCAGGUGCACAGAUUGUCCAGCCCCCAUCUCUUCCGUCCGUUGAGAGCACUCUUUCUGCAGGAGAUCUGAGCCAGGCUGUUCAGGAGGCGAGCUUCGAGGAACUGGGUCUGGGCUCCUACACCCCAGUGGGCCUCAUCCAGAACGUCUUGGAGUUCCUCCACGUGGACGUGGGCUUGCCUUGGUGGGGAGCCAUCGUAGCGGGGACAGUGGCAGCGCGGUGCUUGAUUUUCCCACUCAUCGUGAAAGGCCAGCGCGAGGCCAUCAAGCUCAACAACCACAUGCCGCAUAUCAACCAGCUGACAAGCCGCAUAAACGAAGCCAAGCGCUCGGGGAACAAGUUUGAAUUUGCAAAGGCUUACGCCGAUAUGACGCUGUACUACAAAACCAACGACAUUAACCCCCUGCGCGGGUUCCUUGUGCCCCUCGUCCAGGCGCCCAUCUUCAUUUCGUUCUUCAUCGGCCUGCGCAAGAUGGCCGAGCUGCCCGUGCCCAGCCUGCAGACGGGGGGCUUGUGGUGGUUCAUGGAUCUCUCGGCCGCCGACCCUUAUUACGUCCUGCCCUUGACGGUGACAGCCACCAUGUGGGCCAUCUUGGAGCUGGGCGCGGAGUCAGGCGUGUCAAACCCAAACCUGAGGGCCAUGAAGACGGUUUUCCGGGUGAUGCCGGUCGUUAUCCUUCCUCUCACGAUCAACUUCCCGACGGCCAUUUUCACCUACUGGAUGACCUCCAACCUGUUCACACUAGCCCAGGUGGGGCUCUUGCGGGUGCCCGCCAUCCGUACCCGCCUGCGCAUCCCGGAGCGGGUGGAGCAUUCUCCCUCAGCCCUGCCCCCACAAGAAGGCUUUCUGCAGAGUCUCAAGAAAGGAUGGAAGAACGCACAGAUGGUUCAGCAGAUGGAAGAGCGAGAACGGCGACUGAAGAACCACUUGGAUUUGGCAGCGAAGGGACCGCUGCGCCAGACGUUUGCCCACAAUCCUUUGCAGCAGCAUGAGCCCCCGCAAACAAAACCUCCGCCACCAAAGAGACCCUGGGAAGACACACUGGGCUGAGGGAUGGACAUCGAUGCCUCACAGCCCCUUCAGAGCAAGGA